GUGGCACCCGUUCUUGACCAGAACCCGCCAGACCCUUAUAAUAAAAUCCAACAGUUCCUAACCCUGACCACGCAGAAGAAUCCCUUUUCCGUCGUCGAUAUAACAUACCAAGCAAGCUUCUCAGCUCUUCUCGAAACCCCUCCUAAUCUACCACAACUAUUAAUACGCACCGUCCACACAAACCAAAGAAACCACCAACAGCAACAAUGUGCCAGUACAUGUGCGUCACCUACCGCUGCGCACACACCGAGCUCCUAGCCGGGCCCAACUGCACCUUCGUGCUUACGCAACUAUCCCGCAUCCACCAGCCCGAGGCCUGGACGCCCGAGGGCCAACAGACCCUCCCUUUCGACUGGCCGAACGCAUGCCUGCCUGGCGACCACAACACGGUCCCCGUGCCUUCCGACAAGUGGUGCGGCUGGGAGUGCCAGAACACAUUUGCCCCGACGCAGCGUACGGGCGACAGGAUCACCUUCUUCGGUGGCCAAGUUUCCCCCGCAACCGACAGCGUGGUCGUGGCAACGCAGGUCGGCUGGCAAGGAAAUAAGUUCCAGAGCACGUAUCCCGAGUACAAGUCUCCUAGCUACCACGUCAACGACGACUGUCCUAUGAACCAGUAUGAUGGCGCGAACUAUGUCCUAGGUUCUCAUGCUUUUGGUGCCUAUCCGGCUGUUGGGGCCAUGGAUAAGUCUGGCACGGUGUCUAUGGGAUCGGGAAUCGCUCAUAUGACCACAAGUAGAGCAGUGACAGACAUGGAUCCUAUCUUGCCAAGCAUGGAGACAGGAACGAACAUGAUAGGGACAACGGGAACAUUAGGGAUGCUGGGAGCGCAGUACGGAGUACCUCGAAUAGGGGUAGGUUGGAGAGAUGAAAAAGAUGAAGUGCGGAUCAUUGGAGACUGGUGGAAGGAUGGAGAUGUCUUUAACUAAGGAUUUGAAACAGCGUCAAGGACGAGUAUAGCGUCCAGAUGGACUAGUAGGCCCUGCUUUUCUCAUUAUUGAGUAAUUAGUCGAACGAUAUAUUUCGUGUAUAAUGUGUAGAGAUCGAAAUUUCUCAA